AUGAUAGAUCUAUACAAUAAAAUUGGUGUUCGUUCUUUAUCAACCACCCCAACUCCAGAACCAAAAGCUAAAGCUACUUCAAUCAUUGAUGCUUUACCAGGUAACUCUGCCUUAUCUAAGACUGGUAUCUUAGCUACUGGUACUGCUGCUUCAAUCUAUGCUAUUUCAAAUGAAUUAUAUGUUGUUAAUGAAGAAUCUAUUUUAUUAGCUUGUUUCUUAAGUUUUACUACAUUAAUUGCUAAAUAUGUUGCUCCAUUAUAUAAAGAUUGGGCUGAUGCUAGAGUUAAAUCUGUUUCAGAUAUUUUAAACUCAUCAAGAACUAAACAUGUUGAAGCUGUUAAAGAUAGAAUUGAAGCUGUUUCUGAAUUAAAAGAUGUUGUUUCAACUACUAAAGUUUUAUUUGAAGUUUCUAAAGAAACUGUUGAAUUAGAAGCUCAAGCUUUUGAAUUAAAACAAAAAGUUGAAUUAGCUGCUGAAGCUAAAUCAGUUUUAGAUUCAUGGGUUAGAUAUGAAGCUUCAGUUCGUCAAUUACAACAACAACAAUUGGCUCAAACUGUUAUUGCUAAUGUUGAAAAAGAAUUAACAAAUCCAAAAUUCCAAGAUAAAGUUUUACAAGAAGCUGUUGCUGAUAUUGAAAAAGUUUUCGCAUCUGCUAAAUAA